AUGCAUUUCUUGAACCGCCCGGUUUUGCUUGUUGAACCGGAUGGUUCACCUCUGUGUUCUGGACUUCUGGCCUCUGGCAUCACUCCCCCCUCGUCGGCCUCCUGUCAGCCACCGUCGUCACAGCCCACUCACGCGUCCCUGUUCCCUUCUGCGUCGAGCACAAUUCGACCACCUAAAUCUCGCCGGCGCCUGUGGAUGGACGUUGAGAGAUCCCUGAAAUUCGAUCGUGACAGGCUAAUCUACCGGGAAAGGGAUUGCCUGGAAAAGGAGGAGCUGUUGAAGUUCUGGAUUCGGACUCCGUUUCUCCACCGUAUUCCGUUCCGGUGGCCGGCCAGUCGGGACUUGGUCUGGUACGCUAACGUGCCCCACGAGGGUCUGACGAUUGAGAAGGCGGAACAGAACUGGAUCCGGUUCGAAAAGGACCGGUUCAGGUUCCCGGGUAGUGGGACCAUGUUUCCACGAGGCGCCGGCGCGUACAUCGACGAUAUCGGAAAGCUGAUCAACGUGACAGAUGAGCCUGUCAGAACCGCCAUAGACAUUGGUUGUGGGGUACAAUAUUCACGUCCUCUCUCCAUGCUUGAAUCCGCGACGACGUGGAUUCUUUAA